AUGCUAGAUCUCUAUCGGCUGGUUGCGCUGGGCGCAGUGGUGGCUCUGGGAUAUGCUCUGAGUCGCAGGCAGCACCGCGAUCCCCGCGAGCCGCCUGUGGUGGGUAGCGGUAUCCCGAUCGUCGGCCACCUGCUGGGGCUGCUGUGGUAUGGCGUGGGAUACUUUAGCCUCAUGACCGAAAAAUACACAUAUCCGAUUUUCUCGUUGGAUAUGGUGUUCGGUAAAGCUUAUCUGGUGACAUCGCCCGCCCUGCUCCAGGCCAUCCAGCGCAACAAGGCUCUCACCUUCGACCCGUUCCUCACGAUGUCGGCGCAGCGCAUCGCGGGGAUUCGCGGGCUAGGGCUCGAGUUGAUGCGUGAGAAGCAGUCGGGAGGCCAGGGACUCAACCAGAAGGUGGUCCAUGCGAUGCACCCGACACUGACAGGUCGGCCGCUGGAUCGCAUGAAUGAGCGCAUGACACAGCUGCUGAGUCCACUUGUUGAUGAACUUGCCACACGCAAGACGGUUGACCUCUACUCCUGGUGCUCCCAUGUGAUAACGUUGGCCAGCACGGAGGCGUCGGCCUUUGAGUCAAAUCUCAGUCCAUUAACGGCGAACUUCCUGCCGUGGCUCACCGCGCGCAAGGCGUGGAAAGGGCGCGAGACUGCUGUCAAGGCAGUUAUAAAGUACUAUGAACUCGGAGGCCAUGAGGAAGGGUCUGAGAUGACGUAUGUCCGUUAUAAAACAUUGCGCGAAGGGGGAAUGUCGGUCGAGGAUACUGCGCGCUCCGAAGUGACCAUGGCCAUUGGCCUGCUCUCUAACACGGUUCCCGCUAGUUUCUGGGUCCUCUUCGAGCUCUAUUCGCGACCUGAACUGCUUGAGGAGGUUCGCCAGGAAGUCGCCCACAACGCGCUUCGUGUAACCGCUGAUAAGAAGCAUGUCCUGCGCACAGGAAGCACAACUUCGCCGACACGCUUUGUACUGAAUGAUCUCGUCCUCGCUGAUAAAUACCUUCUCCGAAGCGGAAGUGUGAUUAGCAUGCCUGGGGCUUCCAUGGGUCGGAAUCCUGAUGCAUGGGGAAGCACAGCAGGGGACUUCGAACCUAGGCGGUUCAUUAAGACAGACAAAACCCCCCGUCGCACGGGUGGAUUCAUGACCUUUGGAGUGUCGCCCGUUCUCUGUCCGGGUCGCCAUUUCGCCAGCUCGGAGAUCUUGGGAAUGGCCGCUAUGAUGGUCCUGCAAUACGAUCUGACACCUGUUGAUGGAGCAUGGACACCUCCCCCGGUCAACCCUAUGGCAAUCACGUCUAUUACACGACCGAUCAAGGGUGGGUUCGAUGUGCGAGUGUCUCCCCGGAAGGAGUAUGAGGGUGUGAGAUGGGACUGCGAAGCGCAAGAGGGUAAUGGGAUGUUUAACUUGAUGGUUGGUUAG